GGGACUACAACUCCCAGAGAUCCCCGCGGCCUGGGGGCCGGAGGGAUGCGCGUCGAAAGGCUUGUCUGCGGAUUAGUGUGUAGGGUUCUAGAUAGAGUGGCGAACGAAUGAGCAAGGGGUCCAAGGAAAAUUGGAGAAGAGUUUAAGGGGCUGGUGCAGAGCUGCCUCUUGUGACUCGUAGAUUCCAGAAUCUUCCGCUCUUGAGCCCAGUGCAGGGAGACCAUGCCGAGACCCAGGAAGAGGCUGUAUGGGACUGCUGGGCAAGACAAGCAGGGACCGGCAGGAAAGCGUACCAAGACUAAGAACCCUGGUGAGGCCCCAACUACAGUGGAGAGAUCCAGCCCUCAGGAGACUUCAGCCCUUAAAAAACGUGGGAACAGUGUAAGCAGCUACUGGCUGAUGAAGUCAGAGCCAGAAAGCCGCCUAGAGAAAGGUGUGGAUGUGAAGUUCAGCAUUGAGGAUCUCAAAGCGCAGCCCAAGCAGACAACAUGUUGGGAUGGCGUUCGCAACUAUCAGGCCCGGAACUUCCUGAGAGCCAUGAAGCUGGGGCAGGAAGCCUUCUUCUACCACAGUAACUGCAAAGAGCCAGGCAUCGCAGGACUUGUGAAGAUUGUGAAGGAGGCUUACCCAGACCACACACAGUUUGAGAAAAGCAGCCCCCAUUAUGAUCCAUCCAGCAGGAAAGACAACCCCAAAUGGUCCAUGGUGGAUGUCCAGUUCGUGCGGAUGAUGAAGCGCUUCAUCCCCCUGGCUGAGCUCCGAACCCAUCACCAAGCUCACAAAGCCUCUGGUGGGCCCUUACAGCACAUGGCCCUCUUCACUCUGCAGAGGCUCUCAGUUCAGCCCCUGACCCGAGAGGAGUUCGAUUUUAUUCUGAGCCUGGAGGAAAAGGAACCGAGUUAGCCGAGAUACCUGCUGGAAUGGGCAAGACAUGACUCCGACGACAACAGGGUGUGAGGAGGCUUGUUAGGCUCAUCUGAGGUUGUUUGUGUACAUCGGUGGGUUUUCUGUACUUUUCUCAAUAAAACGCUAACGUCA